UCGGCGCUGUUACAACAGGACACACCAUUUCCUUCCGUUCCCAUUGGAAAAUUUGAGCCAAUUGCAGACCGCAUAGUCUGCCACGAUUGAGUUCUAUAUAUAUAAAGCCAAUUCCAGUUAUAGCACGAGCAAGUGCAACCUGCACCGGAAGUCUCGCAAACGCCAGCAGUAACGCCACAUCAUGAAGGUCGUUGCCUUUUUCGUCGCUUUUAGCGCCCUUGUGGCCGACGCUACUCCAAUCUGUUCCCAGUCUGACAGUGUGUCUCAGCACGUUGAGUCGUGCGCAAAGGAUCUGCGUGUUUCGGGAUACCACGUUGUGUUCGACGAGAGCAGCGAUGUCACGGAUCCCGCCACCCGCCAGAAAUUGUGCUGCGCCGCCAGAUACGUGGUGAACUGCUUGAAGCCAAAACUUGCAGGGACCGACUGCUUCGACCCCGUAGUCGCGCAUAUCAAAUACGGCCUUCAACGCGGAAUGGACUUCGACUUUGAGAGUGAUUGCGACGAGGCUGUUCAGUGCGCCUUCUGAGAAGCCAGGCAGACAUAAACAACAAGAACAACAAAAUCUCUCUCUUUCUUGACUCAUAAAUACAUAUGCAUUUGCUCUGCA